AUGCCGCCUCUACCCGUGCUCAACAGGCCUCAAAUUCAUACGUCCGUUACUGAAAUAAGUCAUGCCAUUGAUCGUACAAUCAAAGAAGAGCUGUUUCCAGUCGCCUACACUACUGAGGAAGAGCAAUAUUUCAAGACUAACCCUAAGCCUGCUUAUAUCGAUGAAUUAAUUAAGGACGCUAAAGAGUUUAUUGAUUUGCAAUAUUCCCUGAAAAGGAACAAAAUAGUUCUUAUCACCUCUGGUGGUACUACUGUUCCAUUGGAAAACAAUACAGUACGGUUUAUUGAUAAUUUUUCUGCCGGUACUCGUGGUGCAUCUAGUGCUGAACAGUUCUUAGCAAACGGGUACAGUGUCAUUUUCUUACACAGGGAAUUCUCAUUAACUCCGUAUAACAGGUCCUUCUCCCAUAGCAUUGACACUUUAUUCUUGGAUUAUAUUGAUUCUGAAGGCAAAAUCAAACCUGAGUUUGCUGAAAAUGUUUUAAAGAACAAAAAGUUAUACGAAAAAUACAUGGAGAAAGAGGAGAAACUACUCCUAUUGCCAUUCACCACGGUCAACCAAUACUUAUGGUCGCUGAAAAGUAUAGCCAAGCUAUUGAAUAAUAGUGGUUGCUUGUUCUAUUUAGCUGCUGCUGUCAGUGAUUUUUUUGUUCCAUAUUCAAGACUACCUCAGCACAAGAUUCAAUCGGGAGACAACAGUAAGAUGGGAGCAAAUAAUGACACUGACGGUACGACUAGGACGACACCUGAUGGUAAACUUAUUGUGAACCUUGACCCUGUCCCUAAGUUUUUGAGAAGACUGGUGGAAUCAUGGGCCACUCAAGCUAUGAUUGUUUCGUUCAAACUAGAAACCGAUGAAUCCAUGUUGCUUUACAAGUGUACGCAGGCCCUGGAUAGAUACAACCAUCAAUUGGUCAUUGGGAACCUUUUACAAACGAGAAACAAGCAGGUAAUUUUUGUAUCCCCUGAAAACAGAAAAGGAGACUGGGUACGUUUAGAUGAAAAACACCAUAGCAUUGAAGAGAUGAUAAUUCCAGAAGUCAUCGCACGUCAUGACCAAUGGGUGGCGCAUUCGAAAACUAAGCUAGCUACAAAAUAA